AUGCAGGCUAGUAAUGCAGAGUGUAUCGGUCCUGAAAGUCCGGAAGCCGGAAUUGCCGCCUCCUGUCAAGGUUGUCCCAAUGCUUCAAUAUGCGCGUCUAUGCCAAAAGGACCAGAUCCAGAUAUUGAAUUGAUUAGGCAGCGUCUGUCAGGUGUUAAACGAAAAGUGAUGGUUAUCAGUGGGAAAGGGGGAGUUGGAAAAAGUACUCUCACCAAAGAGCUUGCAUUUGCUCUGAGUCAUAUGGGUCUAAGCGUUGGUUUGUUGGAUUUGGAUAUCUGUGGCCCUUCUCUUCCACGUCUAAUGGGUGUUCGAGGAGAAGACGCACAUCGAAGCGCUGCAGGUAUUGAACCGGUUUUGAUUGAGGAAACGGUUUCCAUGAUGGCCAUGCAUUACUUGUUAGGAGACAAAAAUGAGGCUGUUCUUUUUCGAGGUCCACAGAAGAAUGGUGUCAUUAGGAUGUUUUUAAAAGACGUGAUUUGGGGUGAUCUUGAUAUUAUGCUCAUUGACACCCCUCCUGGAACGUCAGAUGAACAUAUCACAACUGCAUCAUUACUACAGCAAUCUGGUGGUGUAACUGGCGCUAUUCUCAUUACAACUCCUCAGUUGGUUGCAGAAGCAGAUGUAAAGCGAGAAGUGGGUUUUUGUCGUAAAGCAAAACUUCCGCUGCUUGGGAUUGUAGAAAAUAUGAGUGGUUUUAUCUGCCCUAACUGUAAAGAAGGCUCUGUUAUUUUUCCGUGUAUCAACUCUCAGGGAGCAGGGAAACGCUUGAGUGAACAAUUUGGGAUCCCUCUAUGGGGUGAAGUACCUUUAGAUCCUAUAUUAAUGAAGGCGUGUGAAGAAGGGGUGGCUCUAACAGAGGUAGUUGAUACUAAAAGCCCAACUCUUGAGGCACUGCAGUCUGUUGCUGCAAAGCUUGUUGCAUCCCUAGAAAUGGAGUAG